AUGCGGAAGCCAACAUCGUUCUUGGAUGAUGUCUGUCUCAGCGAGGAGGAUGAGAAUUUUGACCCUGCGGAUCCCUUGUGCUGCCCCGACGAUCCGCUCGACGAGGUGCUAAAGUACAUACCCACGUUGGACGAAAAGAUCCUAGAGGCUCUCGGAAUUGAUUGCUCGUCGCCGCCGCAGCACGACGCGCAGCUGGUACUAUACCGGCCGACCGCAGAGGAAGAACACGGUGCGCAGGGCCUGAAAAGCACGAGCGCCGCCGGCAACUCGUACUACUCAGCAACAUCCUCCGGUUCCUCCUACUGCGGCCUAUCGUCGGCGUCGACGUCCUGGGAGUCCGAGUCAGCGGGUAGAGCCUCUUCUUUCCAAUACUGGAACGUGCCGACGAAGCGCCGCCGCCAAGCAGUCAAUGUCCGCAACCGCAAGCGGCCAUGGUCACAUACGUUCCUGACCUUUCCAUCCACUCCCUUGGCGGCGGUUGUCCACGACGCACACAAUAACAUUGGUGAAUUCAGUUAUGACAACGACAUUAAACCCCGAAAACUCGGUCUCCUUGAUGAUGGCGGCAACUUCAGCAAAAUCGGUUAUAAAAGUAAAGCGGGCAAAUUGAGCUCCGGCAAUGUCAACGGAGGCCACCGGCCAUCAGCGGGGCAAAAGCGGGAAAAGCAGAAGGAGGGCACGUGCAGCCACUGCGGGACGACGGAGACACCGCAGUGGCGAGCCGGGCCGAAUGGCCCUCGCACUUUGUGCAACGCGUGCGGCAUCCGGUACAGGAUGGGCGGUGACAAGCUGGUCCCGGAGUACCGGCCGUCAACGAGCCCCUUCUUCAAGAACGGCGAGCAUUCCAACCGCCACAGCAAGGUGGAGAAGCUCAGGGAGAAGAAGGUGAAGGCCCUCAAGGUCGGCUUCAGCUCAGUUGGCGUCUUGACGCCGGCGAGGCCAGGCGGCAGUGUAGAUAGCACAAUUCCUUAG